AUUGAUAUUUUGUAAAAACGUCUCUACAUCAUGGACGUCUUGAAAUGUGUCUGGGGCAUGUGUGCAUCGAGGUUUUAAUAUACUUGGCAAAUGGAAAAGUUGGAUAGGCCUACAUUUCCAUAACGCACGAAGAAUUUCGCGUCCAAUUAUUUUCAAACGUUAACAGUAUACCUACAUGGGCUUAAUCCACAUGCUUUCGUUAGUCAACGAUUGAAAUAAACUUUUGAUUCACGCACAUUAAUAAUAUGUCUAGAGGCCUACACAUUCACAACAAUAAGGUACAGCGAAUCUAACCGACUCUUCUGUUGAUGGUGUGAUUAAACAUCGGACAUUUUCUGAUACUUCAAGGGAGUCAUUCCUGUCGGAACGGGGCGUUCAUCCGUGGGAUGUUUGUCAGAGUAGACGUAUUCCGUUGUUUAAUCGCUCAAUAGAGCAUCAUGUUUCUCAUGCCACCACUUGGAGACUGAAGGGAGCCUACCAAAGAGGUGUACUCACUGACUCUUUUGAAUGAAAAGUAAUCUAAGAAAAAGCCGUUCAGAUGAUUUACAGGGCACUGGUAACUUUAGCGUUGUUUACCACAUUAAUUUUGUUACGCACACGCGUCGCAAAACAACGUUUGAGACCAAGUCCACAUUUUUUUUACAACUAUUGUAUCCUCAUGUAGGCCUAAUGGUUUUUAGAUUGAAUUUAACGAAUUACAUGUAACCAUUUUCAGUGAACAUGCACGUAUCUGGAAUCUACAAGGAGAGGAACUAUUUUUCACAUGUAGAUCGGCCAAGAAAUGAGAAUGAAUAUGCUGCAAUAUCGUUAUGCUUCUAUCUAAUUGUUAAGUGCAUUUUCUGAUUCAAAGAUAAAAAAAGGCUAAAUCUACGUGUUGAGGGCGAAGAGGAAGGUGUUCUGUUAUGCAACAGGCAUUACUUUACAUCAGUCAGAGAUGAAGGAAAAGUCCAAGAAUGCAGCGAAGACGAGACGAGAAAAAGAAAAUGGAGAAUUUUAUGAACUGGCGAAAUUACUGCCUUUACCUUCGGCCAUCACAUCACAACUGGAUAAGGCUUCAAUCAUUCGGCUGACAACCAGUUACCUGAAGAUGAGAGCCGUGUUUCCAGAUGGCCUGGGGGAGGCCUGGGGCCAGCCGACCAGAAUCAGCCCUCUGGACAACAUGGCUAAGGAACUGGGCUCCCAUCUACUGCAGACUCUGGACGGCUUUGUAUUCGUUGUCGCUUCGGAUGGCAAAAUCAUGUACAUCUCUGAGACAGCGUCAGUCCACCUUGGCCUAUCCCAGGUGGAGCUGACGGGGAACAGUAUUUUUGAGUAUAUCCACCCGUCAGAUCAUGAUGAGAUGACGGCUGUACUCAGCGCCCAUCAGCCCCUCCACCAUCACUUCCUGCAAGAGUACGAAAUGGAGCGCUCUUUUUUCCUGAGGAUGAAGUGUGUGUUGGCCAAGCGUAAUGCAGGACUGACCUGUGGAGGAUAUAAGGUGAUCCAUUGCAGUGGCUAUUUGAAGAUCCGUCAGUACGUGAUGGACAUGGCAUUGUAUGACACGUGUUAUCAGAUCGUGGGCCUGGUAGCGGUGGGCCACUCCCUGCCUCCCAGUGGUAUCACAGAGAUUAAGCUCCAUAGUAACAUGUUCAUGUUCAGGGCCAGCCUGGACCUCAAGCUCAUCUUCCUGGACUCCAGGGUGGCUGAGUUGACAGGAUACGAACCCCAGGACCUGAUUGAGAAGACGCUGUACCACCACGUGCACGGCUGUGACGUAUUCCAUCUACGCUUUGCUCAUCACCUCUUGUUGGUGAAAGGGCAGGUCACCACUAAGUACUACCGUAUGUUGUCCAAGCACGGGGGCUGGGUGUGGGUGCAGAGCUACGCCACCAUCGUCCACAACAGCCGCUCAUCCAGACCCCACUGCAUCGUCAGCGUCAACUACGUUCUCACGGACGUAGAGUAUAAAGACAUGCAGCUGUCUCAGGAGCAGAGUCGAGUGGCCAAACCCAGCUUAGCCUUUAAGACUGGCCUGGCCUCCUCUCAGGACCUCUGCAAACAACUCAAAACCAAAGCAGUCAAGAUCAAGAGCAAACUCAAAACAGCCCCCUACCCUCAGCCCAACAGCACCUACCACCCAGACAAGCCGGACUGCUCCCCCCUGGGAGGAAGUUGGAAGGAGAGCACCCCCUACCCCCUGAACCCCUGUCACGGUCAGAUCUCAGGCCCCUCUGGAGGUCCAGAGGCUGGAGAGGUCCUGUGUAGUAGCAACGCCUCCUAUGGCCUCUCCUUCCCCUACCCCUAUGGACACCUACCCCACACGGACUCCCAGAGGAGGUUGCGACACACCCAGGGUUCUUCCUCCGCCUCAACCUCCCUGUCUUCCCCUGGCCUGGCAGCCCAGCAGCUGCUCAGCUCCCUGCAGGGUCGAGGGGGCGAGGGGCGGUGGAGCUGUGCCAACGCCAAAAUCCACCAUGGUACUAACCCUGCUCACAUCCUGAGACCAUUCGCUGCAUCGUGUUCCAUUACCACAGCCACCACAGCAGCAUAUUCAGGCCCCGCGGCGAGCAGGAGGUACCCCCCCUGCGAGCCCCUUCAUGAUGGCUUCUCCAGCUGCUCAACCCCGCGCCCUAACAGCAGGUUCAAGGAAGAGCCCUAUGAGCAUCACACGCUUGGCCAGAACAAGACCACAGAGGACCGCCUGCACUCCCAGUCACAGGCUACUAAAGAGGACAGCAAGCUGCCGUUCAGUCGAGACUACCUCCACAAGGCCUCCGAGGGGAGUGGUUGUGUAGGAGGGGAGAAGCUGUUGUCCUGUCCCCUGCUGAGUAACUCUGUGCUGGGGAAGGUGAGCUGCGAGCAGUCCCGGUCCUUCCAUGGCCUGGGCCAACCCUUCCCCAUGCAGGUGGUCCUGGAGCAGCGCAGGAGGCUGUGUAUGAUGGAAUCCCCCUACAGCCACAGUGCCACCGGCCCCCUGGAGCACACGGACAGCAAUGGGGAGCGGGGGAGCCCCAAGAUGUUGGAUCCUGAGGCGGGGGAGGAGGAAAGGAGGAUGUGGAUGGGGGUUGGAGUUGGGAUGGGAGUCGGGGUAGGCCUUCCGACCCAGGCUCCGUACGUGUCUUUGAACCUCCACCACGUCUUGGCCAAACACAGCUCCUUCCAGGCCCCGCCCUAUGCUGCCCUCGGCCACUUGACAGACAGCUACGGUUACCGUGGCGACGAAAUGGGUUCUUACGACUACAAGAGCCAAAGCCCUGCCUCCAGCUCCUCCCCUGAGAUCCACAGGGAGAUUCCUCAUUACAUCGGCACGUCCGUCAUCAUCACCAACGAGAGGUGACACAGCUCGGGGGUCGAAGGACAAGGAGGGACAGACACCCUGAGACUUCAGCCUUUUUGGUCAGAAACACAGACAAUGAACAGAAGCUGUAUCAGUGACUAUGUAACUGUGUCAGCCAGAAGUUGAGUCACUUUCUGGGGACCCUGUCUGGUUAAGACCUCCACAUGGCUCUCCAUUUCUGUUUUUCAGAUGUUUUCUACGCAAAUAAGCCAACGUCAGACUCCUCUAAGGAGCCAGUAAUUUCAGGUUUCUUGAUUAUAUUAUAUUUUUGCAUACUGUUUAUCCAAUAGCAUAAAUGCAUUGUCACAUUCUAGUUCAAAGCCAUUUAUUUUGACAAAAUCUCAAGGACCUUUGAGCCAUGACACAGUACAUCAUUUGAGGUACAAAUUGCCUGUGAAGAAUACACCCCUCUAAUGUUGUAACUCAGAAGCACCAAUCAUAACUGACCUGAACAAGAAGAUACUAUAAAAUGGUCUAAAAAAGCAGCAUUUAGAUUGAAUGUAGCAUGAUUUCAACCCAAUUUGCAAGCUAGUUUAAGUGCAAACGGUUUCCAAUGCACUUCUUUUUUUGUGACAGCGACAUUAAAAAGGGCAUAAGAUAUGCCAGCACAAAAUAAUACAUGCUGUCACUCCCUACCUUGUAUAUUGAAUGGGGAAAUGACAGACACAAAAUAAUACAUGCUGUCACUCCCUACCUUGUAUAUUGAAUGGGGAAGUGACAGACACAAAAUAAUACAUGCUGUCACCCCCUACCUUGUAUAUUGAAUGGGGAAAUGACAGACACAAAAUAAUACAUGCUGUCACUCCCUACCUUGUAUAUUGAAUGGGGAAAUGACAGACACAAAAGUAUUGAACCUGGACACUUUCUUGCAAACAUGAAUGAGGGUAAAUAUUGUUCACCCUCUUUUGAAGUUAACAUUAAAUCAUUUGGUCAAUUAUAUCAAUGGCAGAGAUCGGAAACACAAUGUGUAAUUUAUUAUUGUGCAACACAUAGCAGCUUGCUUAUUUAUGAAGAAAACCAGGAUCUAACAUGUAUAAUGAGAAAAAUGUCAACUGCAUUGGGGAAAAUUAAAUGAAAUAAAACACAGUAGUUUGCUUUAAUUCUGAAUGAACAAUUCAAAUGAAAUGUCCUGCCAGACAGUCAUUGUCCAUGGCUAUUUUCAGCUCUUCUUUAUUCUUCAGAAUGCAUAGUGGAUAUCAUCUGGUUAUUGAAGAGGUUUGGACAUUGAUGUGAUAUCAAGCACAUGUAAAUGUCAGAAUUACAAACACUUUUAUAUAAUAGGUACAUAUAACCUCACUUUCUUCUGUGAUGUAAUCUUGAAAUACACCUUUAUGUCCUCCUGCCUGUAUCCCAUCAACCUGGUCAAAUGGGCCCUCCAAAUGUCUGUGUAUGUGGGAGUGUGUUCUCCCAAUGACUACAAGAAACUGUCUAUCCACUGUGGUCUUCUGUAUCCAUACACCCCUCCAAAUUUCCCUUAGGACCACUGCACCCUCAAAUGUUUCAGGUCUACUGAGCACAAAACUUGAACGUUACGAAAAUUCUGUGCGCACUUCCAGCGCACAUUUACUGUGAACACUGAGGCUGUACCCACUUUGAUUUCCAGUUUUAACAGUGGCCAAGUAGGCUACUGUGGCUAUUUGAUCAUAAUGUAGGGCUACCAGAGUUGCCUAACCUCAAAAACAAUGGAGAAAAGCCAUCUCAUAACACUUUAACAUCAUUGAGCCUACAGUAGCAGCCAAUGUGUGGUGUUCACUGAAGGCUAUAAAAACAAAGAGUCGCACACUCUAUUUAUAAACUCGACCGUCAUUUAUUGGGUAAACCACCAAUGUUUCGGUAUCACUGUGCCUUCUUCAGAGUGAUCAAUUUAUGCCUACAUUCCAUGAAACAUGCAGGGCUUGACAUUAACCUGUUUAUCCAUUUGUCCUUCAUACAAGGAGGUGACUGUUGUGUUGUUUAAUGCAAGAAACCACUUCACAAAAUAAAAUGCAUUAUUAUUCCCAUACCAUUA